UACCAACUGGGAUGAAGGUUUUUAACAGUGUCAAUUCAGUACGUCAUAUGUACUCUAUCAACACGUAAGAAGGACACUUGUAAACAAUACCACGUCCUGAACGAGUCGUUCCGAUUGCACUAUUCAGUAUACCCCCAUAACUGCCAGAAGGAAUGAAAUCACUCCUUGCAACCCUCAUGAUGUGCACCCUCAUGCUGGAAUCUUCCAAUUCGAGAGUUGUGAAACGUAGCUAUUCGGAUCAAAGUGUUCGCGGUUACUUAACAGAAAGAACUUGUUGGUGGAAUGAAGUGUGCAAGGAAGAGUUUCAGCAAAUGUUCCGUUGCAAAUGUCCUCAAUGGUCAUAUUGCAGAUCACCUGGUCGAUAUUACAACGCCUACUGUUCAAUGACAAACACCGGAUACAUUUGGACACAACCUACUUGGGACUGGGGACCCUGAGUAAUAAAAGUGGGUGGCAAAAGCAACAAGCACCCUUAGAAGUACGUGAUGUCCUUACCGAAAGGCCCGCUCAUGAAACCGGCACUAUGAUGCCGUUUUAAGAAAUUUUACUCUCGCUAUAAAUACAGACUCCAUUUUAAACCUUUUCUACUUAAAAAUUAGCUUUUAACAGAAAUGUUAGUGCAGUGGAAGGGCAGACUUUGCGGUAAUUAGCAUAGGAAAUUGUUGAAUUCUUCUAUCUUCACAUUUUCAAAUCAACGUCUGGUUGAUACUUCCAUUUUGAGAAAAAUCAAUAAUGUUGAAAUGUGCGCAGUGCGGACACGUUCUUGGCGUUUUAAUGAAUUGUAAAUGUAGGAGUACAGAAUGUAUCUUAGAUAGUAUAGUCAAAAAUAUAUUUGAAUAUAUUUUCCAUCAACUUUUGACUU